AGUUUCCAUACAAUUGGUUUAGUCAGAGGAAACAGCUUCUUAUGGGUUAAAUUACCUCCUGAGUAUUGUCAGUGUGGACCACGAAUGCUUCUAUCAACAUCAAUUGAUGACAGAUACUUAUUUUGCUUUGUCACUUGACAAGACAAAGAGACUGAGAAGUCUGGACACUUGCCAACUGUUAAGACUUAAAUAAGGCCAAAUUGGUUCACCUCAGUAUCACUUAUAUGGAUAUAACCGUUGCGAUAUUCGUCUUAAUUAUAUUAAUAAAAGAGGUUAGGAUAAAAUGGAAUAUCUUUCUUUUUUUCCAAGCGUUCCAAAGUAGAGAAUAUUCAUUGUUCACCUACUAUGCAAGCUUGUGCUAUUUUGGCUCGUCACGCAUCUACGCUGGUCAUUGAAAUGUAUGUUGAGAAAAAGUGAAUACACUUUUACGUUGAGAUAGAAGCCAACCCGAGGUCAUACUUGUCUUGACAUCUGUAUUAUCUAUCCUGCCGGAAUUUUGCCUAAAUCUAAUGUUUUCGUUGGCACACUAAGUUCUAGAUAUGUCAAGUUGGUUUAGACAUGAGGAUAUUAUUGCUCAUAUGCAUAACAUCAUGGAUACAGGUGACUUUAUCAUUAAAAGUUUACGACAUUGAUUGUAUCGAAUACAUGCCUGAAUCCCAGGACAAAGACGAUGCUUGCGAUGACUUUGUGGUAGAGGCAUUCACACCAGAUCAUGUAGAAGGUUUGAAUCUCCAAUCUAUAAAACGCUCUUUCAAAAAUGUUGGUAGUGUUUCCCACGAAGACCAAGAUACAUUUAACAAUGCACAUGGCCAAUGUACAUGUGACUUUAGGUCUUGUAAUUGUUCAAAACUCAAUUUAAAACUGGUUCCUAACAAUCUUCCUCGCAGCAUUCAGAAACUGAGACUCGACCACAACUCUAUUGCAGUGCUGCCAAACUGUACAUUCUGUAGCUACUCUCAGUUGAAUUAUUUAGACUUGUCUUUCAAUAAAUUGACUCAACUUCAAGUUGGCUCGUUCUGGGGACUUGAAUAUUUGAUUUGGCUUAAUCUGGGGAACAAUUGCCUCAUGUACGUUAAGGAGACAUUCCCGAAUGGCGUGUUUUCUGAUUUAGUUUUACUCAGAUGUUUGAAGCUACACAGAAAUCUACACAACCAUCAUCAAACUGACUUUCAGUUUCCCGAUGAAGUUUUGGCUAAUCUGACCAACUUGGAGAGUUUUUAUUUAGAUGGUUUUGAUUCGUUAGUUUUUGGUGAGCAUUUUAAAAAUUUAACCAAAUUGAAAAUUUUAGACUUAUCUCAAGGUUACUGUAACAUUAUGUCUCUUAGUAAAAGUGCCUUGUCUAACAUCUAUCAGAUAAGUAAACUGAAUCUAAGUAGUUGCAAUCUUCAAGGUGAUAAUUUAAACAACGAUGUAUUCAAGCCGUUAGUUAACUUGAAACUUUUGGACAUUAGUUUCAACACAGAUCUGGGCGUCAAAUCUUUCAUGCCUGCUUUGAAAGAAAUUCGUAAUUACAACAUAACUACAUUAAUAAUGAACUUCAUAGAGUCUUUAUACUCGCCUUCAGUACUUAUCAAUAAAGAUUUAGUAGAAAGUCUGCCGUCAUCUUUAAUUUAUUUAGAAGCACAGGGCAAUAACUUCGAGUCUAUUGAAACUGGAGCUCUUGAGUGGCUUCCCCCUAAUUUGACCUACAUUAUCGUUGGGGCCAACAGAUUUUUCUAUGGAGAUUAUUUUAAUGAGAUCUAUACACUUAGGAGUGUCAAAGUACUUAACUUAAACGGGCUCGUUUUUAUACCAAACAUACCAAAAUACGUCCCACAGCCAGCAGGCUACACUCAGUGCUCCUCACCACAGAGGACAUUCACAAGUUCAAGGCCACUUGUAAUCACUCUCCCGCCAAAUUUACUUUGUCUUGAUUUAAGAUUCACGGGCCUAAGGUACGUUCUCACCGAACUAACCGUCAAUGCGAGUAACUCUCUAGAAUCUUUGAUCAUUUGUGACAAUUAUUUCCCUUUACUUAAUGGUCCUAUUAUAGGGUUACCAAAACUUCUGAAGCUAUAUAUAAGUGACAGCAACGUCAAGGACAUUAAGCCACAAAUGUUUGAACAUCUUAGAUCGUUGCAAGAACUCAGACUCAGAAACGACCAGCUGCAAUUCUUUUUUGAACAAAACUUUGCCCAGAAAGUGUUUAUGUAUUUAAAAAACCUGAGAAUCAUCGAUCUUUCCAAAAAUGGGCUGGCCUUAAUUCAGAAGAAUAUCUUUGACGGCUUGAAUCUUUUGGAAGAGAUCGAUAUGAGUCGAAAUGAAAUGUGGGCAUUUAACGUGAGUAUUCUGAACAUGCUUAAUUUGAGAAUCCUGAAUCUGAGUCACACACAGCUGAGUUCUCUUCCCCUAGAGACACGCCAACAUAUUGACCUAGUGUUGACUAAUCAUUCUGUUUUUGUCGACCUGUCUUUCACGCCGAUCCAUUGUGACUGUACCAACAUUGACUUCUUGAAGUGGAUGACCAGUUCCGGAGCUUUUGAUGCCAACUUCACCAACUACAUGUGUCGGUACGAGAACUCGUCUAGUGCGGUGCUGGUUGAGGAUGCUUACUUGCAGACGUUCCAGUAUCUUGACAGAAAGUGUACUGACCACUCCAUCCUUUUCCUUGUGGUCAUCGCUGCAACAUUUUUCAUGGUCACCUGUGUGAUAGUAGCACUGCUGUACAGGUUUCGCUGGAGACUGAGAUAUUUAUAUUACGCGGCCUACUUGAUGAUGAAAGGUCAAAUAAAAAACACUGCUAAAUCUGAACAGUUUCACUAUGACGUGUUUAUUUCCUAUGCUUACCAGGAUGAUGACUUUAUUUUGAAGAGCCUUGUACCAGAGUUGACUGAACGGAAGUUGUCAGUCCUGGUCCAUGGACGAGACUUUGCUGUGGGGGAAUUCAUCGCUUCCAACAUUAUGACAGCCGUCAAAGAGAGCCGGAAAACUUUAGUGGUUCUCACACGAAAUCUUCUCAAAAGCACCUGGUGUAACUUCGAAAUUCAGAUGGCCAACAUGGAAUCAGUCCACACAGGGCGUCCAGUACUUGUGUUUCUCAUCAAAGAAUCCAUACCUACGGCAGAGCUGACCUCUGACCUGUUGUAUCACCUCAACAGAAAUACGUACAUCGUAUAUCCACAAGGGGAAAUAACCGAUGUGUUCUGGGACAAACUGGCCAGGGAUCUUUCGCAAUCUUAAGUUAAAAAUAAGAACACUUGAUGUUAUGUAUACUUUGUAUAUUGUGAUAUUUUGUUGUACAUUACUUUUCAAUUAAUAUCGUCGUAUAUAAAUAGGACUGUUGUAACCAAUCAUACAAGUAGCACAUUUUCCUGGCUGAUUCAAGCUACCUAUUUCAUUCACAAUUAGCACUAGUUCGUAAUUUCAUUUCCGCAUUCUUUUAGUAGAAAUACAUGACUGAAUAAUCUCAUAACAUCCAAAAGAUUUUAGAGUCUAUUUUUUAUUUUGAGAGAAAGAGAGCGAGAGAGAAGGAGGGAGAGAGAGAGAGAAAGAGAGAGCGACAGAGAAAGAGGAGAGAGAGAGAGAAAAACGAAAAAGAGAAGGAGUAGAGAGAGAAAAGAAAGAAAGAGAGAGAAAGGGAGAGAAAGGGAAAAAGAGAAGAGAAAGAGAGCGGGAGAGAAAGAGACAGAGAGAUGAAGAGAGGGGGAGAGAAAGAACGAGCGAUAGAGAGAGAGAGAGAGAGAAAAAAAAAAGAGAAAUCAAGGAAUGGUGUGAUAAAGUUUUCGCUCUUGUCCGUGUGUAAGUAAGACUAAUAUAAUAUUGGCCUUUUUGUCUACAAUCAAAAUGGGUCAAAUAAACGUCUACAGUGAUCGAUCGUG